AUGGGUGUAGUGAAGGUCUCCACUUCAUCGGCCAGCAGUCUGCUGCGUAUUGUCUUCGACCAGAUCACAGAGGGCCAGUUGGAGUUUGUGGAGCUGGACCAGCACUUUGACACCAUCCAGAUCGGCGAGGGAGAGGACAAACGCGAGUACACCAUCUUCACUGGCAAGACAGAGAUGGAGGCUCACCUGAAAAAUCCGUUUCCAGACGACAUCACUGCCAUUGAAACUUUUUUCAAAAUCAUGAAGGUGUCAGUCAAGAAGACUCACUAUCUGGCUCUGAAGCUGAUCCCCCAGUGGCUGGCUCUGUUCUUGCUGAAGUCUGGAAUCACAAACCUCUGCUCCUCCAUCUAUACCCUCUCUGGUACUGGAGCUACAGCUGGCACCUUGACCACCAACAAGGACCUUCACGUCAUCUUCAGUUACCUCUUCUACGGUACUUGUCCAAGACAAACUGAGCCACAACUGGAUUAUGGCAACCAGGGAAUAUCUGUCAUAAUGAUCAAUGCUCUUCUGUUGCAACACUACAAGAGAGGAGCGUACUACCCUAAAGGAGGAGCCAGUGAGAUCUCCUACCACAUCAUCCCUGUCAUCCAGAAGUCUGGAGGCAACGUCCUGGUUAGGGCACCUGUCACUCAGAUCCUGGUCAACAAUGACGGGGCAGCAUAUGGUGUAAAGGUGAGAAAGGGACAGGAGGAGGUGGAGGUACAUGCUCCUGUGAUCAUCUCCAACUGUGGUCUGUUCACCACCUUCCAGAAAUGACUGCCCCCUGAGACCCAGACCAAACCAGUCAUCCAGGAAUGUUUGGACAUGAUGAAACAUGGCAGGUGAUCAUUAUUGGUCUUCUCUGGCUUUGAUGGAACCCAAGAGGAGCUGGGUAUUGUCUCCACCAACUUCUGGCUCUUCAAAAAGAAUGAUAUGGAUGGCUCAAUGGAAGGGUUCUUGAGUAAAGAGGAUGCUCCUGAUAAGUGUGUUGACUUCUUUGUGCCACAAAUACGCUGCAGCGUGUCGGAUGUAUACCAUGUUACAUUUCCAGGGAAAUCCUGCAUGACGAUGUUGACCAUGGUGAAAUACGAGUGGUUUGAGGAAUGGACAGAUACCUCAGUAAGGAAAAGGGGAGAUGACUACCCCAACUACAAAAUUAAAUUGGCAAACAAUCUUGACUGGGCAUGCACCCGAUUCCCCAAGCUGAGGGAAAAGUUGGUGUUCCAGGACGUUGCGACCCCCCUGACUAACAUGCACUACCUGCGAGACCAGCGCGGGGCCAUGUACUCUGCUGAGCACAACCUUGGCCGCUUCCAUGCUGAGGCUGUGGCCAGGAAGCGUUGCUCCACCCCUGUCAAAAACCUCUAUCUCACAGGGCAGGAUGUGUUCAGCCGUGGGAUAGCUGGAGCGUUGCACGGGGGUCUCCUGUGUGCCUCCACAGUCCUGGACCACAUCGUCUACAUCAACCUCCUCUUCCUCAAGAAGAAGCAGAAAAUGGCCAGGCUGGUUAAGAAGCUGGAGUGAGGAGACCACUCCAUUUCUACGCUCCGGAGCGAAGUUUCCCCUAUAAUUGAACUUUCCUAACCUAAAUCACAAGAUGGGACAAUUUAAAACUGACCCAAGAUCAGCGUCUAGGGCCAGCUUCACCCUACACACUACUUCUACAGUAAGGUAGCCUAUACAGGGUCGAAAAAGAAGAAGAAACCGCUAACAUCCGGUUUUCAGGGAUACAGCAUCUUCAACAUAGCUUCCGUUUCCUCUGAAAACCGCAGGAGGUUGGUGGUGCCUUAAUUGAGGAGGACGGGCUAAUGGCUGGAGUGCAAUAGGAGGAAAUGAAAUACAACAAACAGAUGGAUUCCAUGUGUUUGAUGCCAUCAGUCGCACCGUUCCGGCCAUUAUUGUGAGCCAUCCUCCCCUCAGCAGCCUCCACUGGUAGGGACUGCUCAAGCGGUUCUUUUACGCCUGCUAGGUUAACAGUAAAGCUGCUCUCUACUUCCUCCGCAGGACUAAGUCUGAACUGCAGGUUUCAUUCUGAUACGAUGACAUCAUGACAAGCUGAGGAGAUGGAAUCCCAACAAACCAUUGCUGGUUACCUCUUCAUUCCUAGAACAUUAGUAUGAAUGUUCUGGGAGGGGUAAAAUGGUUAACACUUUUGGUUAAAACGUUUGCCAGAGUUUCCCAGGGAUGUAUAGAUAUUGUAUGUCAUUUUACAAUUACAGAUUGAUUUGCAAAUACAGAAUCUGCCAAUGGAAAGUAAUCCUUGAAUAUGUAUGCACCACUUACACUGUGUCAAAGUUUUAAAUGUUUUAAUGUGAAUCAUUUAAUAUUGUAUUAAUGUAAACAUGUAACAUGGUAAGACCAGGUUCCAGGAUAAAGUGACUAAGGGGACAGUUGAAAUCGGCUAUCGGGCAAAAUUUUUGGGUUCUUGCAUUGGAAUUAUAUUGAAUUCUGCUUAUAUCAGGUUAUGCCACAAACAGUUUAAACCGACACUCUGAAAUCUGUAGCCCAUCUCAGUUGUGCUGUGUCAGCACAAUGGACAGCACCCUAACAUACAAGGCCGUUUUGGUAAUGAAUAUAGACUACAAGAUGGACAGGGUAAUUCACCUAUUAUAAACAGCCUAUGUGAAUGCAGUCUUACACACCGCUGUCUUAACAAAAUAAUACUAACUAAAUGCUGAAAGUAGUAGCUUAGUUAUUCAUGCAUGCAAACAAUAACACUGAACAGCAGUUUGGCUUAGAAUACCGACACAACUGCGAAUGCGAACAAAUGAGAACAGAACAAAACAACGGUCCCAAGUAGUAGGCCUAGAAAACUAAAUAUCAGAUCCAUAAAAGAAUGACACAAUCUAUAUUUAGGUUAGUUACAUUAACAGUAAACAACGCAGUAAACAAAAGGUUCAAUGGAGAUCCAAAUCUAGCCUACAACCUACUACAGUUAGAUGUAGACAUGCACAGCUGUCUUGCUUCAUACAUGGAAAAUCAUGCUGCUCAUGAGUUUAGCAACACCUUGUGAUAUGGCACAAUACACUUCUGUAAAUCAAAUUUGACCCACAUAAUCAAUUACGCAAUGCCAGCCUACCAUAAACAAGUUUCAAAUACUACAGUUCCAUUUACAACCACAAAUCAAUCAAAACCCUAAUAGAAUCUAUGAUGAAAUAUUUUUGGAAGAUCCCCCUCGAAUGCCAAUUGGAUUAGUUGAGCUUUCCUUGGGUGUAGUAUGCUUCUUCUGUGCAGACUGAACACUUUUGUCAAAGUCGAAUAUUAGUUUUGCAUGUAAUAUUAGUUUUGCAUGUAAUAUUAGUUUUGCAUGUAAUAUUAGUUUUGCAUGUAGCUGUGGACGGCCCAAAAGUCAGUCCAUCUUUCGGUGCAGUAAGCACGGUCGGCAUAGCAGAGAGAGGCCCAAAGAAUUGUUGCAGGAAAUCAAGUGGGGUCCAUUUGGAGCGAGGGAUUUCAGUCUGCAAAAACUGUCGAGCGACACUAAACUCAGCUUCCACCAAAUCUGUUUUGCUUAGAUUCAGCAAUGGCUUUAUCUUUUUAUUUUACAUCUAGUAAGCCAUGGCAAUCUGGGUCAUGGGCACACAGGGCCUCCCCUCGUUGGCUGUUGCGUUCGCUGAAUCAUUCCGACAUUUCGCCAAUGACCGCAUCCAACAUGCUGAAGUUCAGUAUUUUAGACUCAGUCUCUUCUCCUCUGUCCUGCUGGCCUACUGUACUGUUCACCAGGUAUUGCUGGAGAUUUGUACCUACAUAACAUUGUUGUUUGCUUGGAGCUGGCGGUGCGUCAGUGCCAUUGACACUGCACUGUGCCCAAAUGGCUUCGAACUCGGUGUCAGAGCUCAGCUCGAUGCACUGCAAUGCACUGCAGACCCCAUUGACUGCAGUGUUAAGAUUGGUUGCUUUUGCCUGGAGUAAUUUGUUUGGAGGAUGGAGAAGACUGAAGAUUCUUUCCACCAUGGUGGCUAUAAACUUAAAGCCGGGGUCCGUCACCGCCUUCAGCAGCCCUGUAGCUGCUUAUUUCUGUGAUGAACGAACGCAUGCAUUCAACGUCAGAUAAGAACUCCACAAUGCUGUCACAACUUUUAUCAACCACUGACACAGUAGACAGGUGUCCGCUCCACCUUUGAUCCAAUAGCCGUUUCAAGGUUUCUCCAGUGUACAUGGCAACCACUGUUAUUUCUUUAAGAACUUGUAGAGUGAGUCACAGACAUUUAAACAUUCCUCCAACGCAUUCUCAGAUGACAUUGCGUGAACGACCAAUAAGUGAAGCUGGUGGUUGAAACAAUUAACACAUGGCACUCUGUUUACUUUGUCCUGCAAUAUUUUGCAGCUGGGCUUGGCGGGCGGCCUUGGUGGUUUGAUGCUGCUGCUGCUGCUGCUGCUGGUCAUUGCUCCCCUUCUCCUUUGGCUUUGUUUGGGUGCUUUGGCAAAGCCAAUUUCUGAUAUCCAUCGUGGCAGAUUAGCUGGUUGGAGCUAGCUAAAUCGUCUAAGGCUAAUAACAUUAAAGCUUUUUAUAGCUUGCUAGGAAGCUAACUAAACUCUGUAUUGGUGGGGCAUGAGGCAGAGUUAAGUGAAACAGCUUCAUCUGUAGGCUUGACCCCGCCCUUAUAAAUCCAAAGCAAAUAUUACAGGCAGCAGUGUAUAACAUUAUACACUUAGCCUACCACAGCGUUUUCCCCACUUCUUAUGGAAACCCAAAGGAGUCACCUAAACGCCCAGUGUCUUUCCAUAGCCCCCCUACACACACUUCGGCAAGCUCUGUCCAUUGUGUUGACAAAGCACAAUCAUUUGAACUUAUUUGAUAUUUUUAUAUAGGGGCAUUAAACUAAAUCUGAGGGGGCACAAGUUUUAACUGAGAGGGCUAAGCCCCUUUUGCUCCCUCAUGGAACAGUGUCCGAGCAUGGUUUUCUAUAUUUUUGUAUACUAUGGACUAGUGUAGGGAAAAUAUGAGCAUAUCUAAGUUGAAAAACAAUACAAUAGGUGUAACAGUAUAGACUUUACGUCCGUCCCUCGCCCCGACCUGGGCACGAACCAGGGACGCUCUGCACACGUCAACAGUCACCCUCAAUGCAUCGUUACCCAUCGCUCCACAAAAGCCGCGGCCCUUGCAGAGCAAGGGGAACCACUACUACAAGGUCUCAGAGCAAGUGACGUCGCCGAUUGAAACGUCACAAGUGAGCACCACCGCUAACUAGCUAGGCAUUUCACAUCGGCUACACUCACCCCCCUUUUGACCUCCUCCUCUUUCCGCAGCAACCAGUGAUCCGGGUCAACAGCAUCAAUGUAACAGUAUAGACUUUACGUCCGUCCCCUCGCCCCGACCUGGGUGCGAACCAGGGACGCUCUGCACAUGUCAACAGUCACCCUCGAAGCAUCGUUACCCAUCGCUCCACAAAAGCCGCGGCUCUUGCAGAGCAAGGGGAACCAUUACUUCAAGGUCUCAGAGCAAGUGACAUCACCGAUUGAAACGCCACUAGCGCGCACCACCGCUAACUAGCUAGCCAUUUCACAUUUGCUACAUAGGCAUGGACUAUGAGCUCACGGAAUGGAGAAUCAAUCAGAACAUAUACAGUUGAAGUCAGAAAUUUCCAUAAACCUUAGCCAAAUACAUUUAAACUCAGUUUCACAAUUCCUGACUUAUAAUCCUAGUAAAAAUUCCCUGUCUUCGGUCAGUUAGGAUCAUCACCUUCUUUUAAGAAUGUGAAAUGUCAGAAUAAUAGUAGGGAGAAAUGAUUUAUUUCAGCUUUUAUUUCUUUCAUCACAUUCCCAGUGGGUCUGAAGUUUACAUACACUCAGUCAGUUUUGGGUAGCAUUGCCUUUAAAUUGUUUAACUUGGGUCAAAGUUUCAGGUAGCCUUCCACAAGCUUCCCACAAUACGUUGGGUGAAUUUUGGCCCAUUCCUCCUGACAGAGCUGGUGUAACUGAGUCAGGUUUGUAGUCCUCCUUGCUCGCACAUGCUUUUUCAGUUCUGCACACAAAUAUUCUAUAGGAUUGAGGUCAGGGCUUUGUGAUGGCCACUCCAAUACCUUGACUUUGUUGUCUGUAAACCAUGUUGCCACAACUUUGGAAGCAUGCUCGGGGUCAUUGUCCAUUUGGAAGCCACAUUUGGGGCGGCAGCGUAGCUUAGUGGUUAGAGCAUUGGACUAGUAACCGGAAGGUUGCGAGUUCAAACCCCCGAGCAGAUCUGUCGUUCUGUCCCUGAACAGGCAGUUAACCCACUGUUCCCAGGCUGUCAUUGAAAAUAAGAAUGUGUUCUUAACUGACUUGCCUGGUUAAAUAAAGGUCAAAUAAAAAAAUAAAAAUUUGUGACCAAGCUUUAA